AUGAUUUUGGUUAAAGAAGAGACUGAAUUUAAUGAUUGCUUACCCGAGGAAAAUGCAAACAACAUUGAUAAUGGACCUACCAUAAGUACUAUGUUUUAUAAUGAAAGUGGCAUCUUAUACUCUCCUGAUUCUCUUGAUUUUUGUGGUGGUGGAGUGGAAAUCAGUAGAGAAUGCCCAUAUAAUCAUUUUAACUUUAACGGACUAGUAACUAAAGCAUUUCCUCAGCUGCUUCCACCAUACACCAUCCAAAUCUAUUAUGAUUCGAAAUUUUGUCUUGUUAUUCAUUUUUUUGGUCGCACCUUUUAUGAUUUGGUUAAAGGAAAUCCUCAAUUUAAUGAUUGCCAACUCGAGGCUGAUGCAGUACUCAACAUAGUCCUUGAUUCCGAUCCUCCAUCACCUUAUGAUAAUUUCUAUAUUGUUGGUACAGUAAAGACCAAGACAAACAUUCUAGAAGGCGCUACCUUAACUACUAAGUUUUAUAAUGAAAAUGGCACCACCUUAUACUCUCCUGAUCCUCUUGAUUUUUGUGGUGGUGGAGUGAACAUCAAUAAUGAAUGCCCAUCUAAUCAUUUUAUCUUUUACGGAUUAGUAACUAAAGCAUUUCCUGAGUUGCUUCCAAUUGAAGGUACUGAUGAAACUUUUGCUUGUGCAUCUGCUCAUCUCACAUAG